AUGGAUAUUCUUUAUACGCGGCGUCGGGGGCUCCGCGAUGGCCUCCGGGGCGUCUCUGCGGGCGGCCCCUCUUCCCCGGCGGCCCCGGCGGCGUCGUCCCGCGGCGUCCCGGCCGUCGUCGUCGUCGUCGUCGUCGGGGGGCAGCGAGGCGGAGGCGGCGGGGGCGUCGGAGGCGUCGGGGGGCGCGGGGGGCUCGGGGGCGGCGCAGAUCAUCCACUCGGGCCACUUCAUGGUCUCCUCUCCGCACAGCGAGCACCCGCCCAAGAAGGGCUACGACUUCGACACCGUCAACGAGCAGACCUGCCAGACCUACCGCUUCGGCGGCUGGGCCCGCGGGGAGGCCGCGGCUGGGGCGGCGGCGGCAGGAGGAGGAGGGAGGAGGAGGAAGAGGAGGAAGAGGAGGAGGACGGGGGGCGCGCCGGGGGCCCCCGCGACGGCCGCCUCAGCAUCGACGCCUCGCUCACCAAGCUCUUCGAGUGCAUGAGCCUGGCCUACAGCGGGACUUUGGUUUCCCCCAAGUGGAAGAAUUUCAAAGGGUUGAAGUUAUUGUGUCGAGACAAAAUCCGACUCAACAAUGCCAUCUGGAGGGCUUGGUACAUCCAGUAUCUAGAGAAGAGGAAGAACCCGGUGUGCAAUUUUGUGACCCCGCUGGAUGGUUCUGUGGACGUUCCUGAAGUACACCAGGGUAGCAGAACCAAUGAGAAAUAUUGGAGGCAACGGAUUGACAUAGUCAUAAGAGAAUAUCACAAGUGGCGAACGUACUUCAAGAAAAGAUUACAAAAGCACAAAGAUGAAGACCUGUCCAGUUUGGUCCAGGACGAUGGCUUCUUCAAGAAAGACAGCCCCAUGGAACUGGAAGAGUUUUUCACCACUGACGAUUACAUGUCAGGAUCUUCGGACACCCUCUUCUCCACCCUGUCCAGUCACCAGCUGGUCGCCUGGCCAAAUUCGAAAGAAAGAGCACACCUGGGCAAUGCCGACAUGAUUCAGCCGGGACUCUACCCUCUACAGCCCAACUGGAUGGAGACUUUGGAUUUUUUCCCAGAUAUCUUCGCCUCUCCUGCCACCACUACCUCCAGCCUGACAUCCAGUGCUUCUUUGUCUGGGGCCAUCGAACAUUGUGCCCAGACCCCGAGCCUCUCCUCGACCUCUUUACGCAGCCCGCUUCCGACGGUGAACCUGGGAGAAGAGCUGGUGGCCCCUCCGGUGCCUGACUCCAUCCUCUCCCCUGACCAGUGCCUGGGCCUGAAGAACGGGGGCCCCUGCCUGCAGACCCCCGGCUUCCCCUCUGAGCUGCCCCAGACCCACUUCCUGCCUCGCUUCCCAACUCUGGGGCUUCCAGAGGUCCCGUCCCAAACGCCUCAGCAGACCCUGCUCUCCUUGAACCCGGAGCUGGCCUUGCAGGUGUCCAUCUUCACUCCGGCCGAGGCUCCGAAGUUCGGCCCCGGCAAGCCUUCCGUCAUCACCCACACCGCCUCGGCCACCCCCACGCAGAAUGUGCCGGCCACCGCCUUCAGCCACAGCCCGGCGGGACUACUGGCCCCCCAGCAGCCCGGGGCGGGGGUGCCGUGUACGGUGACCACACUCCAGGCGGCGGUGGUGCAUCCGCAAGCUAUCCUGCACCCGUCGGCCCCCUUCGUCCUCCCCAUGGCGGCCCCUGGGCUGCGGGCCAGGAAACCCCAACAGAUUGCGCCCGCCCCUGCGGAGCCCGUGCCUUUGAUUCUGAACAGUGCCUUCCUCUCCUCAGUCCGAGACUGCCAGCCGUCGAGACAGGCCUCUCCCCACCCGUCCGAGCAGGGCCUCAGCCCUCAGUCCCCGCAGAGCAACCGGUCCAGGAAGGGCACACCUGAGCAGCCGCAGGUCUCCCUCUUCAAGAGUCGCAGAAUGAAGCAUAUCUCGGCCGAGCAGAAGCGGAGGUGUAAUAUCAAGAUUGGCUUUGGCACCCUCAACAGCCUGGUCUCCCCAAACUCUAAAUCAAUCAGCCACGCCCUGACCCUCCAGAAGACAGUCGAGUACAUUGCCAAGCUGCAGCAGGAGCGUUCGCAGAUGCAGGAGGAAGCCAGGCGCCUUCGGGAGGAGACGGUGGAGCUGAACGCGGCCAUCAUCUCCUGCCAGCAACAGUUGCCUGCCACGGGCGUCCCCAUCACCAGGCAGCGGUUUGACCAGAUGAGGAACAUGUUUGAAGACUACAUCCGAAACCGGAGCCAGCAAAACUUGAAAUUCUGGAUUUUCAGCGUCAUCAUCGAGCCCCUGUUUGAAACCUUCAACGAGAUGGUGUCCACCACCAGCCUGCAGGAGCUGAACCGGACAGCCUUCAUAUGGCUGGAGAAACACUGCUCGCUCCCUGUCCUGAGGCCCAUGGUUCUGAACAGUCUCCGGCACCUAAGCACUACAACCUCCAUUCUUUCCGACCCGUCCCUCUUGCAAGAACAAGCCAUCCAGGCCUUGGGCAAACUGCACAAAACACCUGGAGAAACGUAGCAGAAGACGCGGUCAACCACAGCGGUCAUCCCUGCCUCAGUAGAGAUUUCUCCAGUUUGGGACUUCCUCCAGAGGUGUGGGAACAACCUUUCCUGGGAGUUCCCUGCUCACCUGCUGGCUGAGAAUACAAGGAUUCGCUUCCCCCACAAUGUGGAGGGCGCCCAGAUGUAGAAGGAGGCCUUGCAAGCUUCCUUGGGUUGACUCCACCAUCAGGGACAAGAGGCCGCCAAGCGGGGAGGACAGACCGUUGAGGUUCUCCAACGCUGCCUCUGGGUUUGUUGGUCGAAUGUGAAAAUGCAACUCAGGGAAACUUGUUUCCAGCAAUAGACGCCCCCCACCCCCUUUCAGUGCAACCUCUCUGAAUACAUAUGCAGUAGGAAUAAGCUUUUUCUCCAGCCUGACCUCAAGUCACAAGGGGGCACAGUGGUUAGAAUGCAGCGUUUGUGGGCAAAACUCUGCCCACAGCCUGGCAUUCGAUCCCGACGGAGCUCAAGGUUUGACUCAGCCCUUCCAUCCUUCCGAGGUUGGUAAAAACGAGGAGCCAUUUUGUAAAAAUUGCCAACCUGUGGCAACGAGGGUUUGCAAUGUGCAAAUAAUGCUCCACGUCAGUGUUUCUCAAUCUUGGUAGCUUGAAGAUGGGUGGACUUCAACUCCCAGAAUCCCCCAGCUGGGGGAUUCUGGGAGUUGAAGUCCACCCAUCUUCAAGCUUCCAAGGUUGAGAAACACUGCUCUACGUUGUAAGCUGCUCAAGAGGGUGCUACAAAGUGGUCUAUAAGCCCAGAGGCUAUUGCUAUUGCUAUUGGAGAGAAGGAAUGGCUUAACUGAGAUGAGAUCUUGAGAAGAGGCAGGCAGGGGAGGUCUCUAGCCAUUUUGGGAAGAGCCUUGGUGAAAGGACAGAGGUUGGGGGUGGGGCUGCUUACCUAAAGGAAAAUUCUCCCUCCGUUCUCCCCAACUCCACCCCAAGACCUCUAAAUCUUGACACGUACAGAAUUCUUAAGUCGAUCGAUAGGGAGAUUUUUUUUUUUUUUUGUAUUUAAUAAUUUUAUUUUAUUCCAAAGAUUAAAAUCCAAAAGAAAAAAAAUAUUGAAGAGAGACGAAAUAAAACAUUGAACAAAAACACUGAGGAAAAAAAAUGUGAAUUAAAAAAAAGGAGAAAAAAACAUUAUUAUACACCCCCUCCCCUUAUUUUAACCAUAAUACCUGUAAUAGCUAUCAAUUUUUCCCCCUCCUGUUAGAGGAGAGUGGUUCAUCAGGAUCUGGGCAGCAGAAGAGACUGUUAGCUCCUUGACUUUUAACUCUUAGACUCUUGAGUCUUGACUCAACUUUUGACUCAAGCCCCCUCAGUCCCUUUUCUAGUAUAACCAAGGGUCUUGGGGGUGGGGUGGGGCCCACUUGUCUCAGGCCACCCUCAGCAGGUUGUCUAGCGGAGCCUGUUUCCACCGCUGUACUUUCGCACGUAACAAUGCAAUUUUUCCCCCUUCUUUGGGGUACAAUAAUAAUUUGAAAGUGCAGGAGAAGAACAAAAACGAACAAUCAGCUUAAGAACAUAAGACAACCAGCUAAGGUCUCAUCCAGGGCCUUCUUCCGGCUGUAGCCAUGUCAGUGUCUCUCGGAAGCUCACGAGGAGGACACCCGCAGAGGAAAUGCCCUCUCUUCAGUGGUGGGAUUCAGCCAGUUCGCACCACUUCAGGAGAACCGGUUGUUAACUUUCUGAGCAGUUUGGCAAACUGGUUGUUGAAAGAAAUCAUUAGGGCAGAGAACUGGUUGUUAAAUUACUUGAAUCCCACCAUUGCCUCUCUUCAUAUCUUCUGCCUCACUUCUUUGUAUGUAUGCGAACCCCACAAAUCUUAGAAAGUGGCCUUCGAAGAAACGGUGGCCUUCUAUGGUGACCGGCUCUGAAUUUCCCACCGGGAUUGUCCAUCAGAAGUUCUUGAGUUCUUCAGUAUUGGCUUCCUCAAGCGAGGAAGAUGUCCUCCUACGUCAACCACUCCGUACGAUACGUUCUACCGGCCUUGAACCACAGUGGCUUUCCAUCCACAGAGUAGAACGAGAUGGGUAAGCAAAUCUUGAUAGCAAUGAGGGAUGCCGAUGACCCAAACUUCUGAACUUUAUGGGGACACAGAUUAUCUCCUGAGUAAGAUAAGAUGGUUCUCUCAAAAGUAUGCUGAACAGCAGGCUCUAUUGUCCUUCAGAUCACAACUGUUGAAAAGGGGCGUCUUGAAAGAAGGAAUCUCCAGGCAUUGUGAUUUAAGCUGAAAAGUGGCUCUCAGUUGAAGCAAAAUCCACCUCAUCUCCAGGCACCAGUGGAGAACAAUGUCCUACUUGUAACUGGUUCAUCUGGGCAACUUUAAUGCUCUAGAACAGGGGUCUCCAACCUUGGCAACUUUAAGACUUGUGGAGUUCAACUCCCAGAAUUCCUCAGCCAGCAAAGCAAAGCAAAAUUCUGGGAGUUGAACUCCACAAGUCUUAAAAGUUGCCAAGGUUGAAGACCCCUGUUCUAGAACAGUCUUUCUUGAACUUGGCAGCUUUAGGAUGGAUGGACUUCAACUCCUAGCCAGCCAUGCUGGUUGGGGAAUUCUGGGAGUCGAAGUCCACUAAGCAGCUGGAGAGUUCUAGGAGUUGAAGUCCAUCCAUGCUGGCUGGGGAAUUCUGGGAGUUGAAGUCCAUGUCUGGUGGGGGAAACGCUGCUUUCCACCCAGAAAGCUGCAUCCGGGUACGCAUCGCAUUGGCUCAACUUCACCUCUUCACUCUUCUACUACAAACUCCACAAUCAUUUUGAUCACCUGGAUGGAACAGAAGAGGAGUGAUAACUGGCGUGCUUUUGUAAAGCUAUUGCUAAUGCAGUUUCAAUAUUGUUCUGUGAGGGUUUGUGGCUGAUUUUAAUCUGCAACAGGCAGCCAAAAAAAAAAUAAAUGCAUUUCUUUUCAGCAAUGCAAUCGGGAUUUUUAGCCUCGGGGGGGGGGGUAUUUUACCUGUAUUGUGUCUGAAAUCAUUGUCUGGGCAAUUUGUAUUCCGUUUGCAGGCAAAAAAAGAUGGAAGUUUGUGUAACAAAUAUGUGUUUUUUCUUGCAUUAUCAAUAGAUUUUUGGGGGGAGGCUGCAGAGUUAAGCCGCUGCCUUAUUAUCUAGAUUUAUGAAGCAUUGAAACUUCAAUUCUGUGGCCACUGCUUGCAUUUUGAUCUUUCGAUAACGUCACUGUGUGUUUUUUUAAUGAGAUAGCAGAAAUAAAAAGCUAUUUUUGAGGAGAAAGUGGCUUUCUUCCAAGCUUUAAA